CCUUUAAAACAGUCAAUUUUUUACACCUUCAUGCAAAACUGAAGCUCCCCAUUGGUUAAAGUCACACUCCACCCUCCGCCUUCUUUACCCUGGUUUCCCGGGCAACCAUGUCAGGGUGGAGAAAAAGAGCAAAUCAUGUGAGGGCAAAGCAUCUUUCUCUCUAUCUCCCCCCCGUCUCUCUUCCCCUUUCUCUCUUUUGCUGUCAUUCUCUCCGUCUCAGUGUGUGUACGUAUAAAAGCGUCUCAGAGCUUUCACCUCAAUCUGAGCUCUCUGUGGCUUUGCGGGGCAGGCGGGAGCAGGACUCAGGCACGCCACCAAAGGGCAUCCCUCCGAGUCAUUUCUUUGACCUUCCCUCUCUGCUUUCCCCACCGUCCCCCACCCCCCUGAGUUCCUUCUCCUCCCUCCGAUGUGUCGCGGGUUUCCCUCCUCAUCUCCUCCUCACCCUUCCUCUCACUGAACGUCUCCGCUCUGCCUAGACUGUGGCUGCAUCGAUGCAAAAUGGGUUGUGGCAAUUCCUCAGCCACCAGCACCUCAGGAGGGGGGCCAGCAGAAGCCUCCAAAGAUGUGACAGAAGAUCCCUCGGCAGACGAUGAGAAAAGAAGGAAUUAUGGCGGUGUGUAUGUGGGUCUGCCUGCGGACUUGACCACAGUAGCUGCUAGUCAGUCUAAAGCCACACGGAAAGACUAGCAGCUACAGAAUGGAGUCUAAAACAGGUACCUGAAAAAACAAUAAUCCAGAACCAAAAAAUUUUCAUUACCGCAACAUUUUCUCUGUUUCAAAAUUUCUAAUGGGACCACUGACAAUAUUUAUACUAGAUGUUUACAAUAAAAAAAGACAAUCCGGUUAUGGAUUAAUUGGGAUGAGYACUAAAUAAACUUAAGAAAUGUAUUUCUUGGUAAGGAAACRUUCAGGAAGCRAUCAUUUAAAUUAAGAUUAGAAAUGCAUAUAUGCUAAAGAAAAAUAUGUAUUUUCUUAUAAUUAUUUAAAUGUUUGAAUAUUAUGAUUACAUAAAACGAUGUUAAGUUGUAAGAGUAAUUAAGAAAAUUGUAUAUUCAUUAUCUGAAAUGUAUGAAACCACUGCAUGGCCAUGUGUUGCAGUACAGCUUGAAUUUGUUUUCUAGCUCAGCAAUACCCAUAAGUCAGUGGGGGGGGGCUACAACGUGAAGUUGACUUGUGCUGAUUAACCAAUCAGGUGUCACGGUGUCUGACGAGCCACAGUGACAACUGAAAUAAGUAAAUAAUGCUAGAACAAUUGUUUGUCAUUUCAUGUGACUAACUGAAGUUUUAAUCACAGAUUUAAAUAUUUAGUUAUUUAUUCAAAUAACAAAAUUUUAGUUAUUUAAUUAAAUAACCAAUAUUCAAUUAAAUAACUGAAUAUUAUCUACCAGGUAUUGUAUUUAAUGUAAUCAUGACAGUUUAAUCACAUGUAUAAAAAGUUGUUUGGACUGUGUUCAUUUUGGCUCUACAUAAAAAGCUAACUCAAAAACUGUUGACUUUUAUAUUGUUUGGUCU